AUAAUGAAGUUUGCAAGGCUUUGUAUUAUCUCAAGAACUGUUUCAUGGAAGCGGUCAAUUCAUUUCGACCUAAUGAAAAGAGCAGAACUAGAAGUUGGGUUCACAUCUUCCUUUCUUGGUCUAAAGUAUAUGGUUUCCGAAGAGUUCUCAACGAUUGCAACGUACAUACGACAGCUAGUACAAACAAAGCACCCGCUUGUAGAUACAGUUCGGAAUCUACUAGCAGGCAAUAGAGAUCAAGAACAGCCGUCUCCUAGUUUGCUUGUGCUUUUACUCUGCAAGGUGGCUUCUGAAAAUGAAUCGUUGUCCAAUUCAACGACUUUGAGUUUGGGAAAGAAGGAGAAUGGAAUUUAUCAAAUGCAACGGGACAUAUCUGAACUGGCUGAGUUGAUGUUUGUUGGAUUCUCAAUUCAUGCCACUAUCCAGAGUCUGAAGCACAACAGAAGUGUUUUAUCUGAUGAAACAACUGCAGAGUUUGUCCGCGGCAAUAAAUUAGCUGUCCUAAUAGGCGAUUUCAUUCUGGCUAAAGUUUCUAAGGGAGCAGCUGACACAGAAUCUUCUCAAAUUGUCACCGAGAUAUCACUUGCUGUCGGAGAGGCAGCGGAAGGAAAUUGCCUGAGCAAAGAGUCAACGCAGAUAGGCGCCUCAAAUGGUUUUGAAACCAUCAACUCAAGGGAGUCCAAAUUAAAGACGGCGAUGGAACUAAGUGUCGUCUCUCCCUUCUCUCGAUUUGUCAGAUCAGCACUACUUGCUGCCGGACACAGUCAAACGAGUAUAGACCAAAUAUGUACACUCGGAAGAAGAUUGAUCAUAUGCUCCGAAAGUCGUAGAAAUCUAAAUGGACUUCAAAAUACAAUGGGCUCAAGAAAAACGAAGGCUCCUUUAUGUGCGAUUAGAACAUUUUACAGCACGAGUUGUUCCCAGAAUGCUGACAAUGCCAUCACAUCAUUAUCCGAUUAUCAUGAAAGUUCUGCAAAACAGAUUUUAAUUGAGCUCAUAAAUUCAUACAGGAUUUAGAUUCUAAAAAUAGUU